UUGAUCGACCAAGCGCCCUUGUCCUUAAUAAUUGAAAGCAUUGGUCUUCAUUUUGGAGAAGUUUUGGGGUUUACUUAAAUCUUGUCGGCCAACCUGAGCUUUUGAUUAUUGAGCGGUCUACGAAAACCAUUUCAUCGUAGAAAAACCUGGAAUCAAACAAACACGAGUUUUUUGUUAGCGUUCUCACUCUUCAACCGGCAUCAUGACGAGUCUGUGGAUGGGAGAUCUUGAUAGUUACAUGGAAGAAGCCUUCAUCACAAGUGCUUUUGCGGCGAUGGGAGAAGCUGUGGUGUCCGUAAAGAUGAUAAAGAACAGAACAACAGGGACUCCAGCUGGUUACUGUUUUGUUGAUUUUGGUGAUUAUACAGUAUCACAGAAGGUUAUGGGAAAACUGAAUGGAUUGCCAAUUCCUGGCAGCAAUCCAAUAAAGCGUUUCAAAUUGAACUGGGCUACCUACGGCAAGGACUCAUUCACCCAGGGGCCAGAGUAUUCAAUAUUUGUUGGUGAUUUAUCUCCUGAUGUUGCCGACCAUGUUCUGCAGGAGUUCUUCCAGAGAAAAUUUCCCAGUUGUAAAGCUGCCAAAGUUGUUUUGGAUGCAGCAGGAAAUUCAAGAGGAUAUGGAUUUGUGAGAUUUUCAGAUGAAAAUGAACACAGAAAGGCCAUGAUAGAGAUGCAGGGAGCAGUGGGGUGUGGUUCAAAACCUCUCCGUGUCAGUGCUGCAACACCCAAAAGGCCUCAAAAUACUCCAGGAAACACAACAACAACAUAUGGCUCUGCUAGUGCUGCCAAUCAGCAAUACAUGCAGCAGUAUCAGCAAUACCAGCAAUAUCUGGCAGCAUGGCAGGGAUACCAGCAUCAACAUCAGCAGCAACUCCAGCAACAGCAGUAUUACCAACACUAUCAGCAUUAUCAGCCUUAUGGACAGACUACUUACCAACAGCCAAUGAGUUAUGAAGAAACCAUAACAGUUGAUAACACAGCAGAAGAUCCCAACCCACCACUGGACAUCACUGCAGAAAAUAAAAAUAUAAUGUCAACAGAGGAAGCAUUCAGGUAACAAGAGGACUCAAACUUAUCAGGAGUUAUACCAUGAGUUGGAGCAAUCAAGAUGGCAGCCAGUAGAGACACUAAAUUCAGGACACAAAUCUCUUGUGACAUAGAUGACAAGAAACUUUAAGUGUUAUAUUCUUGGUUUCUUAACUGACCCUGUUGUUAAAGAUACUUUGACGCUUCAAUUUAUAGUCAAAUGCCCAGUGAUUCUUCUACUUCUUAAGUUUUAGUCAGCAUAUUGAAAUUUUAAAAUAUCGAAGACUUAUUCAUUGUUGAGAAUACUUAAAUUGAUUUUAUUUCCAAAGUUUUGUUUGGGGCCUCUCUGUUAAGGUAUUGCUAUGGUUAUGGUUCACGGUUUCUUGUCAGGAUAAAACUUUUUUUUUUUUUUUUUCAGUUGGUAUUGUUUUGUAUGGUAAUACGUUUUACUAAUGGGAAAAUAAAUUACAACAAGGAUAGCGUUGAACUCCAACCUGAGAAUCUGAAGUAUAUUGCGGUAGACUUUCUGUUAGUUAACCCUUUAACCCCGAAGAAUGACUAGCAUCUAAAUUCUCCUUACAACACCAGCACUGAAUCACACAUUAAUGACAUGAGAAUAAAGGAAAUGAUCACCAACUAAAGACACUCUUGAUUAUUAGACAAAUUCUCCUUGUCAACACCUUAGUAAAUGUACAGAGAACAGUAUGGAGAAUAUGAAUGCUAAUGUCAAGGUGUAAAGGGUUAAUGUUCUGUUGUGCUUCAGGAGGGCUCUUUGUCACAAAUAUUGGAGGAGAUAGCAUCAAAUAUCAAAUGCGUCAUUUGGUUUCUAGUUUUUGCUCAGACAUAUUUGCUAUAGGUGUUACCCUCUCAAACCUCUUCUUAGCUCAUAGAGGUUACCCCACCUCUGUAAACACCUUUAAGAAAAUAAAACGUCAUUUAUUUAUGCAUCUGAUAACUUUGACAAUA